AUGCGCAGAGCACGGGGCACCGAGGCCCGACUCCGAGGCAGGGGGCCUGCGGGCGCGGCCGGGCACCCAGGGGCACAGAGGGAGGCGACGAGGACCGGAGCUUCGAGGGGGCUGCCCGCGGCCGGCCAACUUCGCGCGAGGGUGCUCCAGCGAGCAAGAAGGCCGCUGCAACAACGCCCGUGCCGCGCGGCCGUGCGCCCGGCCGCGCCCGCGCCCGCCGCCCCUUCGGCAGUCAGGGGGCCGAACGGCGAGGGGCGCGACAGCACCAAGGUGGAGCUGGCCUCCAAGGUACGGGCUGCAGGUGGGAAGGCCAGUGCGAGCCAUCUUGAGGAGGAAGCGAAUGAGGUG